GAAGGUGUGGAAAGCAUAAACCGGAGAAUAAUUGUUCACAUUUCAGACAAAAAAGUGGAAAAGUGCAUACGCGAAGUGGUCAAGAAAAAAGAAAGCAAAAUCCUUUCGGAAACAAUGGAUGAUCAAAGUGAUAUAGCUCAUGAAGGACCCGCUGGCAUGGAACCGGAGGGUGUAAUAGAGUCCACCUGGCAUGAAGUUUAUGACAAUUUUGAUGAUAUGAAUUUACGCGAAGAACUCCUGCGCGGCAUUUACGGUUAUGGUUUCGAAAAACCAUCCGCAAUUCAACAGCGCGCCAUCAUUCCCUGUGUUAAGGGUCGUGACGUUAUUGCCCAGGCUCAGUCAGGUACUGGUAAAACUGCAACCUUCUCCAUAGCUAUUCUGCAACAAAUCGAUACGUCCAUUCGCGAUUGUCAGGCUUUAAUUUUGGCUCCUACUCGUGAAUUGGCAACACAAAUUCAACGUGUUGUCAUGGCUCUUGGCGAGUAUAUGAAAGUUCAUUCCCAUGCCUGCAUCGGCGGCACUAACGUGCGUGAAGACGCUCGUAAUUUAGAGGCUGGUUGCCAUGUCGUAGUCGGCACACCUGGCCGUGUAUACGACAUGAUUAACCGGAAAGUUCUGCGCACAAGCAGGAUAAGAUUGUUCGUUUUGGAUGAAGCUGAUGAAAUGUUGUCUCGCGGUUUCAAAGAUCAAAUUCAAGACGUUUUUAAAAUGCUUCCCAAUGAUGUGCAGGUGAUCCUUUUAUCCGCCACCAUGCCUCCCGACGUACUGGAAGUUAGUCGAUGCUUUAUGCGUAAUCCAGUCAGUAUUUUGGUGAAGAAGGAAGAGCUUACACUCGAAGGUAUCAAACAAUUCUACAUAAAUGUGAAACAAGAAAACUGGAAAUUAGGAACUCUUUGCGAUUUGUAUGAUACAUUAUCUAUAACUCAAUCCGUUAUUUUCUGCAACACCAGACGUAAGGUUGAUCAACUAACCGAAGAGAUGACCACUCACAACUUUUCUGUUUCUGCUAUGCAUGGCGAUAUGGAGCAGCGUGAUCGUGAGUUGAUAAUGAAGCAAUUUCGUUCUGGAUCGUCUCGCGUUCUGAUUACAACUGAUUUACUGGCACGUGGCAUUGACGUUCAGCAGGUAUCAUUGGUAAUUAAUUAUGAUUUGCCUUCGAACAGAGAAAAUUACAUCCACAGAAUCGGACGUGGUGGUCGCUUUGGUCGCAAAGGCGUUGCUAUUAACUUCAUUACAGACGAAGAUCGAAGAAUUCUUAAGGACAUUGAGCAAUUUUAUCAUACUACUAUUGAAGAAAUGCCCGCUAAUAUCGCUGAUCUUAUCUAAAAUUUUAGGUCAACGAUUAAACAGCAACAACAAUAAAAUUUAUUAAAACUAUUAAGUAAUUUUUUCAAUCAUAAAAAACCAAGAACAGAAACUACCAGCCUAUAAUAUUAGCUGGAAUAAACAGGACCUUUGUAAAAAAAA